ACGCCCAUUUCCCAACUCUCUCUCUCUACGCUCGAUUGCAUGUGCCGCACCGACGUCUCUUGUUGCUAAUAUUUCUAAUAACUAAUAAACGAAGAUAAAAGAUAAAUAAGAAAGAGAGCGUAAAAUCUCUAAUAACUAAUAAACGAAGAGGCGACGCGUAUAAGGAGGAGAGAGUGAGAAAGCAAAGAGAAAUUCAGUUGCAGAAUUCAAGGGAUAGAAGAUCCAACGAUAGAGCGAUCCGAACCGUUGAUCGAUCGGUGACCGAAGAUGAAGGGGAAGAACAGCUUGCCGAUUAUCACCUUCGAGCACAAACGGGAUGCCUAUGGGUUUGCCGUGCGGCCGCAGCAUCUGCAGAGGUACCGAGAGUAUGCAAACAUAUACAAGGAAGAAGAAGAGGAAAGAUCGGAGAAAUGGAUGAACUUCCUUGAAAGGCAGGCUGAGUCAGCUCAAGUUCCUGUAAAUGGGUUGUCAACAGAGGAAGAAAACACAGAGGAAGAAAACACAGUGUCGGGUGCUCGUGAUGCAGAGCAGGAAGAAAGAAUUGUUUUGGCAAAGGAUGCAGAAGAUGAUGAUUCGGGUGUAGGAAAAUCCGAUGUUUUGGAAGAACUCAGUUCGGAAAAGGAGAAGCUGAAAAAAGAACCGAGAACCCAUGAAGUGACUAUAUGGGCUGAGAUAAGACCCUCAUUGAGUGCCAUUGAACACAUGAUGAGUUUCCGUGUUAAGAAGAGGAAGAAUCUUUCAAAAAAUGGGCGAGAUGCCGGAAGUGGUGGUCAUCUUGCAACAAUUGAAGAAGCGGGAACUGUGAAAGGGGCUCCUGAAGAUGAUUCUGAGGAAGAGUUUUAUGAUGUGGAGAGAUCAGAUCUGGUUCAAGAUGCCCCUUCAAGUGACAGUGCCAAUCCAACUGGUGAUGGAGCUCUGCCCCUCGAACCAUUCUUUCCUUGGAAAGAAGAGUUGGAAUGUCUUGUACGUGGAGGACUUCCAAUGGCUUUCAGAGGAGAGCUGUGGCAAGCGUUUGUGGGUGUGAGGGCACGCAGAGUGGAGAGAUAUUACCAGGAUCUUCUAGCUCAAGAACCCAAUUCCAGGAAUGUUAAAGACGCUGAUGGCUCCCUUUCAGAUGAUCUCAGUAAGGGGUCAGAUAAGGACCGUGGAGGUGCACCGGAGAAAUGGAAAGGACAGAUUGAGAAGGAUUUGCCUCGAACAUUCCCUGGCCAUCCUGCUUUGGAUGAGAAUGGUAGAAAUGCUUUGAGGCGUUUACUUACUGCUUAUGCUCGGCACAAUCCCUCUGUUGGGUACUGCCAGGCCAUGAAUUUCUUUGCAGGCUUGUUACUACUACUUAUGCCUGAGGAAAAUGCUUUUUGGACUUUGAUGGGUCUCAUUGAUGACUACUUUGAUGGCUACUAUUCGGAGGAAAUGAUCGAAUCUCAGGUGGACCAACUUGUUUUUGAGGAGUUAGUGCGUGAAAGAUUUCCAAAAUUAGGUUUGUCUUUCAUAAUGAUUAUGUAUAUGUCGUGUUUUUCUUUCUACCUGCAAAUUGAUUACUUAUUUAUCUAUGCUUUUGGUGCAGUUAAUCAUCUAGAUCACCUGGGAGUGCAGGUUGCAUGGGUCACUGGUCCCUGGUUCCUUUCCAUUUUCAUGAAUAUGCUUCCCUGGGAAAGUGUUCUUCGGGUGUGGGAUGUGCUUCUAUUUGAAGGAAAUCGGGUCAUGAUAUUCCGAACAGCACUCGCUUUGAUGGAGUUAUAUGGUCCAGCAUUGGUUACGACAAAAGAUGCAGGUGAUGCAGUUACUUUGCUGCAGUCUCUUGCUGGCUCAACUUUUGAUAGCAGUCAGCUAGUCUUGACAGCUUCAAUGGGUUAUCAAGCUGUAAAUGAAGCAAGAUUGCAAGAGUUGAGACAAAAGCAUCGACCAGCUGUAAUAGCUAUUAUUGAGGAAAGGGCCAAAGGGCUUCGUAUUUGGAAGGAUUCCCAGGGUCUUGCAGCUAAGCUAUAUAGUUUCAAGCAUGAUCCGGGAUCACUAAUACCAGAAGCAAAUCCAACAGAAGGAUUAGGUAACAUGCAUGCAAAUGGGGGUUUGACCCUUUCAGAGUCUGACUCGAAAAAUUUAGAUGACUUUCUCAACGGUCUGUCUACAGACAAUGAGAUGGACUCUGUUCCUGAUCUUCAAGAACAGGUGGUAUGGUUGAAGGUUGAACUCUGCAGAUUGCUGGAGGAUAAACGAUCAUCUACCCUCAGAGCUGAAGAGCUUGAGACAGCACUAAUGGAGAUGGUCAAGCAGGAUAAUAGACGACAAUUGAGUGCAAGGGUUGAGCAGUUGGAACAAGAGGUAGCCGAGCUGCGGCAAGCCCUUGCAGACAAGCAGGAACAAGAACAGGCCAUGCUUCAGGUUUUGAUGCGGGUGGAACAAGAACAGAGAGUAACAGAAGAUGCUCGGAGAUUUGCUGAACAAGAUGCUGCAGCUCAAAGAUAUGCUACGAAUGUGCUUCAGGAAAAAUAUGAAGAGGCAAUGGCGUCACUGGCGCAGAUGGAGAAGAGGGUGGUCAUGGCAGAAACAAUGUUGGAGGCCACAAUACAAUAUCAAUCUAGCCAAAUAAAAGCAGCACAACCUGCGUCUCCCUCUCCAAGAUCCGGGCAGUCAGAUUCUUUAUCUGCACAGGAACUACCUACAAGGAAAAUUGGUUUGCUCUCUAGGCCAUUUGCCCUCGGCUGGCGUGAUCGGACUAAGGGGAAACCGAAUACUGAGGAGAACAACGAUAGCAAGCCCUCCAUCGAAGGGAAGCAGGCCCAAGAAGUCCCACAGAAAGACCUAAACAGCCACCAAGAGCCAGAGAAAUAGAAGAGGAGCCUGUUGUAAUAAUGGACAAUCACGAGAGUGAGAUGAACAACAGAGACCGGCUUCUUCUGGGCAUCACAUGUCCCAUAUCAUGUUCAAAUUGAACAGUGUUGCGAUCGGGGACAGGAGAUUUACACAUUGAAAAGAGAUCAGUUAGGCGUAUGUGUGUCAUCAGUGGUGCCCUUUUUACCAGUGUAUCAAAAGAAGAUCAGAGUAGGGUAUGGAAUACUUUUUUGCUUGUAACUUCAUUGGGAGGAUGAAAUAUCAGAUAAAAGUAUAUGGUUUGGUAUUCCAUUCAAUCAUUGUAAUGGGUAGGUAUGUGAAGGUAGUGUGAAGAGGGAAAAAAGGAAAAAUGAAACAGCUUUAGUUGUGAUGAAUGUUGGGUGAUUAUGCCCAUGGAUGAACUUCUCUUUCUCUCUCUCAUGAAAUCUCUACUUUCUAGUUUUUUUUUUUUU